AUGUUUGAUAAGGAGCUCUACGAGAAGUUCUGCGGGUUCAUCAAAGACAGAAACAUGUACUACAUCGACCCCAAUAUCCUUCGGCGGUUAACUGCGCACCACAAGCUUUCCUAUGCGGAACUAGUUGGCCCUCAGAAAGUGCAGUGGUUUGUGAGCCACUGGUGGGGCACGAGAUUCCAAGUCUACUGCAUGGCACUGCAACGGCAUGCAAAAGCUGUCUGUGAGACGGCAGAUGACGCUAUUUGGGGAGCUACGAGCUACUGGAUCUGCACUUUCUCGAACAACCAGUACCAGAUCAAAGAGGCACCUGCAUGA